AUGGCCUCAAUGUUAAGAGAUUUUACUAGGAUGAACCCUCUUAUUUUCUUGGGUUCUAAUGUGAAUGAUGACCCACAAGAGUUUUUGGAGGAGGUCUACAAGAUAGUGGAGGCUAUGAGGGUCACUUCUAUUGAGAAAGUCGAAUUAGCCGGGUUCUUUCCUCGUGAGAAGAGGGAAGCCAAAGUUGAGGAGUUCAUCAACUUUCGCCAAGGAGUUAAGGAGAUAAGGCUUAGGAAGAAGAAUAGAGAGGUAAAGAGGGCAAGGUUCGAUGAUGGAAAUUCUUCAAAGGGUAAGUUUGAGGGUCAAAGUGGACCAAGGUUCAAGAAGAAGUUCUCCAAUCAAAGUUCCUCUAAUGCUCCAAAGACCAACAAAUAUAAGGUGUCUAACCCUAAGCCUCAAGCAGGCAAUAGGGGUGGAUCUUCCAUGGAGAAACUUACAUGUGCCAAGUGUGGUAAGAAACAUGAGGGGAAAUGUCUUGUCGGUAUGGGUGUGUGCUAUGGAUGUGGAAAAAGUGGACAUCAAUUGAAAGAUUGUCCAACUCGUAUGGCCAAGGGGAAAGAGGGUAACCAAUCUCCUCCAAGUGGUUCAAAUCCUAAUGCUCCCAAGAAGAAUCACUUCUAUGCUCCAAUCCCGAAGUGA